CGUAGGUUGUCGUCGAAUGUUGUCCGGUGACGCUAAAUUUGUAUCCAGGUUUCCCUCAGGGUCGUACAUCGUUGUGUAAACGAUGGCACUGCUUACCGCGCCCGUUAGCUUCUCCAUUGGAUCUUACUACCUUGCUGCUUACGAGGCGACUCCGUUGAAUAUCUGCGAAUUUAUUCCACAGACUUAUCGUAGGUAUUCCUCGCGAUUCAGAGAAAGAGGUACGAGGCAGGCUGUCUGCCUCCCGGAAUAUAGAUACAACGUUCGGUUCCGCUGGGACACCGAGGACAAACAUGGUGGCCGACGGCGGCCACGAAAAGUUGGUCCUCAAUCCUCGGUGGCGGCGCCCAUGAAGCCCGACGUACUUACCGCCGGCAGGGUCAAGCAAGCUCGUGCUGGGAACAGCGGGAUCCGGCGCUUGCUCCAACCGUCUUUGCUCUUGACCUUGACCACCUUCACUUGCUGGAACUCAGCCAGGAUUCUGCUCGUGUCUUGCCUGGACAUCUUUGGGCUCCAUUGGACGCGUGGACAGUUCAACGGUCAACUUGCACGCUGACACGAAGGGAAGGUCGUGUGCACGGAAAGUGUGGGGGUCCGAGCCAGCGCUCAGCAUAACUGCCUCCUGCCUACGGAUUCACAUAAGGCUUCAACUCCGGUCCGACCGCCACUCGCAUCACAUCCAUCAGAGCCGCAGACGAACAAACCGUCGGAACGUCGUACUUGAACGACCCAUAUACUUGUGGUAUCUCGCCUAAUCCACCAUACCGUUCCCACCCCCUCACAUUCCCAGCUUCAUACCAAGCAAUUAUGUCCUGGUACUGGAAAUACGUCCCGACAGACCAAGAACCACAAAGUUACCUCCGAUGCAAGAAAUACAAGUUCGCGAACGGAGGCUCGGAUCCUUCUCGUCCCUCUCAUACUGGUUACUGUGGUCCUACGAACCUCACCAGGACAGUCAAUUUCUCCGACAGCGGCAUCCCACCGAUACGUGAGGGAGGGGACCAUGAACGUACAGGAUGGGAUGCGCAGAGGGUGACACCAACAGGGAUUAUUCAUGUGCCGAAUGGUGCGGGGAGAGAGGAUAGGUAUAGGCAGGCGCAUUAUGUCGGCGAUGGUGCUGGAGGUGCAAGUGGCGAGGCCAGUGGAAGUGGCGGUGUAGGAUUGAGUGUUGAGCGCGUUACGGGGAGGAAGAGAACGAGAGAGGAGGAGCCAUUGGACGUUCCGUCCUUAUUCGAUGUGAGAGGGAGGGUCGCCGUCAUUACGGGUGGCGGAACAGGACUAGGACUCAUGUUGGCCACCGCACUGGAGAACAACGGCGCAGUUGUAUACAUCGUAGGUCGUCGACUAUCCAUCCUCGAACAAGCGGCCGCAGAACGAAAUCGGUAUAGGAACAUGAUUCCAGUACAGUGUGACAUCACUUCUCGGUCGGAACUUCUCCGUCUGGUUAACACAGUACGAGAUCUAUCGGGCCACGUCGAUAUACUCAUAAAUAAUGCAGGACAAGCUUCGGGAUUCUUCCCGACGAACGACUUCGCAUCCAAUCCAGCACAUCCCCUCCAUCGAGCAAACCCAAAACCGACAGCUCGUCCACCACCACCACGAACCAACACCUCCACCAACACCAACGACCGCGACGCCACCGCCACAUCUCCCCGACCGGACCCAACAGUCACAGUCCAUCUCGAACCCUACCGCUCGCCCACUUCGCCCUCCGAUUCUCCCAUGUCUCCUUCCACCACCAACCAUCAGCAUCGACCCUCACCCACUUCGCGCCCCAGCCCCUCUCACGAUGCCAUUCCUAGUACUUCCACCCAGCCCGCUCCCAAUCACACCACCCACUUCCACCACCAAUAUCAAUCUGUUCAACCCGAGCCCGAAGAAGACCCAGACCAAGACCAAGACCAAGACCACGACCCAAACACGGACAUCCUAAACGUCCAACAAACGCUCUGGUCCUCCGCCUCGCCCGUCGACUUCGCGCGCGCGUUCGAGACGAACGUGACCGGCGCUUAUUAUACGACCGUCGCGUUCCUCGAGCUGCUGCAUAAGGGGAACACGAGACAUACGCAUCCGGAGGGGGUCGUUAGGAGGCCUGUGCAGGGGGAGGAACCGAGGAUGUAUGGCAAUGGGGGGCGGGUGGCGGGUGCAGGAGUCAGAGGUGGAGGUGGUGGAGGAGAAGGAACGGGUGGUGGGUUGACGGGGCAGAAAUUCGCGGAGGCGAGAGGGAGCGGGAGUUUCUCGUUUUUCGGAGGGACGCUGGACGGGCGGAAAUUAGCGAAUCCUACGUCUUUCUCUCCGCCGGGAUCAUCGUCAUCAUCACCACAACCACCACCGCCACCGCCAGCAGCAGCAUCACUAACGCCGAGUGGAGUGAAUAUUGGGGCGUAUGCGCAGCCUGUGAGGCCGAGGUAUGAGUAUGGGAGGUCGAGCAGGAGGUCGAUGAUGAGUGAGGGGUUUGAGGGGGUGACUAGUCAGGUUAUCAUGGUUUCGCCGGUUGAGCCAGAAUGUAGGCGACAGAUGAGGAGGAGAAGGAGUCCGGGGAGGGAUGACGAGGGGAAUGGGGCUGGAAAUGGGACUUGGGGUGGGAGCGCGAGUGGGGAGACGCAGGGAGACGAGGGUGGAGGGUAUAGUGUGCCGUAUACGCUGAGUAAGAUCGCGGCGGGACAUUUGGGGAAGAUGAUGGCGGGGAUGUUGAAGGAGUGGGAUAUUAGGUGUAAUACGAUUGCGCCGGGGAUAUUCGAUUAUGGGAAUCGUGACCCCACCUCCCCAUCCUCGCCUCUAAACGUUCCACUAGGCCGAUCAGGAACCAUAGACGACAUAGCGGGCCUCAUCCUUUUCCUUGCGAGCCGAGCGGGGGCUUAUGUCGAUGGUGCGACGCAUGUGUUGGAUGGAGGUGGUGGAAUGAUGGGAAGGGCUCCUUGAGUGAAUCGUGUGUUUUGGUGGUUAGUGUAGGUGUUCAGGACCUAGGCUAGGGCUGCAUGUGCUGUGGUCCUGUGAGAUGGAUAGUUUGUUGGGAGUGGUGGCGGUAUCAUGGUGACGCUUUCGAGAUUAUGCUUUUUGAGGACUUACGAUGUGUGGCGGUGGCGCGCGGCGAGCCUGCGAGACUCGUCCUCUCUUGCAAUCCCUUUGCAAUCCCUACUCACUUGGGUGUUCUUGUAUUUAUUGUACUUACUAUCACGGUUUCUCUUAAUUCAUGGUAAAUGAUAACUGC